UACGUAGCCGAGUCACUGUGUAGAAUAACCUAUAAAUUUGUUUUGACAUUUGUAAUUUUGUUGUUUUUGAGUUUGAAAAUAUAUUUGAAUUGUUCGAGUCAAGAUGGAUUUGGAUUUAGAGAUAUCUGAUGAAGAUUAUGUAAUUGGUAGAGCCAGAGAGGCUUUGAAAACAAGUAUAUAUGAAGCCAAAGCAUGGAUGAUUACAGCUAAAACGUUGUAUCCAACAAAUUUCACAGUACAGUUUGAAGCAUAUCUCAUUGAAAAGAGUGUUGGUAAUGUGAAGGAGGCAGCUAAAUGCUUUAGUGAAAUAAUUGGGAAAUUUCAAGAGAAAGAAGAAUUAUGGAAAGAAAUAGAAGCGUUAACUACUGCACUAAGGGCAGAAAGUGAAGAUACUAAUAGUGAGACUCUAUUUUUAUGUGAAAUGUUCAAGCAUAUGUCCUCAGAUGUACAACAUCAUUUAUUAUUAUUGACUGCAAAUCACUGUGAAGAUACCAUGGAACAUUGUAAACUAAUUCUUUUAUUGCUUCAAAAAUUUCCCAUUGCAAUCUCUAGUUAUGGGUCAAAACUGGUGGACACACUCAUUAGUGCUGAAAAACAUUGUCAUAAUGGUAGCUAUCCAUCUAACCCCUACAGAAAAUUACUAAUUUGUGAUGUGUUACCAUUACUUGCUAAUGAACAGAAUGUGAAAUUGGACCUUUCAUCAAAAGUGCUUUAUAAAAUUUUGUACAAAGCUAUAGAAUUUUAUCUUCAUUCCUUGGGUUUUAUGCAAAAUAUAGAGCAGGAAGAUAUAAAAAUCGAGGGUGCAUGGCAAAAAUUAUUCUCCAUCGUUGAAUUUAUCGGGAGGCAAUUAGAAUGGGACCCUUUGAUAGCAUUUGGUACUAACUGGUCCAAAGAAGGUUAUUGGCAGAAAGUACUCACUUUUUGUCAACAGAAACCCUCGAAUAUAGAUGAGAAACAAAUGGUAUAUUGUUUGUUUAUAUUCUUCUCAUAUUGUUUGGAUGAAUAUAUCAUCAGUACAACUCCUGAAUCCAGUCCUGGGCAAAUUCCCACAUCUUAUGUUUUAGUAGAGGGAUUUUUAGAUCCUACAUUACCAGUUCCAUCAAUUGAAACUAAGUUCAAACGUAGAAAGAAUGACACCGAAUUGUUUCCUCAUAUUUCUGUUGAAAAACCUGAGAUGAAACAUAUUGUCAAUAAUUUUUUCAUGUUAGUUAAUUGUUGGGAAUUCUUAUCGAAUUCAGAAGCUUUGAACAGAGAAUUCAUGAAAAUAUGUAACCUUCUCAAGAUUGAACCGUAUUUAAAUGGAUUCAUUGCCGAUUACAUGGUUUAUAAAGGGCGAUUUGAUGAACUUUUAUCAUUCUUUCAAAAGUCCAAUUUUGAAAUAAUCUCUAAAAGUAUUAGGAUUGCUCACAUCUUCUAUGUCAAGAAAAAUUAUUCUGCGUGCUUUGAACAAAUUCUUCUGAUACUACCUUUAUUAUCCACUAAAAAUACCGGAAAUAUCAGUACAACAUUAAUUGUCGGUGGGUCACACAGACAUCUACAUUUUCUACCAUUAACGCAUCUUGCAGUCCUUCAAUAUGGUGUCAAGUUAUUGCUCAGGUGUAUAACUGAAAAUCUACUAGACAAUAACUAUCAUGAAUUUGCUAUCGGACAUGCGUUAGUUCUUACUCAGCUUGAUUGGCCGCAGGAGGAUGAAUUUAUACCCCCACUUAUGGAGAAAAUAAAACUUCAAGGUUCCUUUCAUUAUCCUUUAUUCCAGAAUUACAUCAUAAAUGUUGAUAUUUUAGAAGAGUUGACUUAUUUAUGGACAACUCAGGGUGGUCAAAUUACAUUGGAAAUUAUUCCCCACUUAGGUCAAAGAAGAAUAGGAACUCGUGGUGCUGAUAAAGGUGCGAAAGAAGAAAUCAAACAAGCCAUUCGUCGACAAGUCGCGAGAAGUAAUGAGAAGCUGGAUGAUAUGCUCUUCAAAUUUUUAACUCAUGAAAGAAGCCAAAUUUUGCAAGCACUAGUGUAGUGUGUGCACUGGUCGUGUGCAAUGUCCAAGACUGAAUUUUACUAUUAAGAUAAUGAAUUUCAUAUAUUUCUAUGAUUUGAAAAAAUUAACCUAAUUUUUUAACCUAUAAUUGUUUUAACUUUGUAAUAAUGUAAAUAAAAGAAUUCUUUUGGUUAAUGAAAA